AUGGCUACUGCGAAGUUGCCAGCGGUGCCCGGGGAGGAGGAGAACACCAUCCUCACGGCCAAGGAAGAGCUGGAGGCCCUGCGCACCGCCUUCGAGUCGGGCGACAUCCCCCAGUCGGCCUCCUGCCUCCGGAAGCUGCUGGCCUCUUCCGAGAGCACCCGGCUGGAGGUGGGCAUCACAGGCGAGUCAGGGGCCGGCAAGUCACUGCCCUCGCCCUACCCGCACCCGCAGUUCCCAGACGUGACCCUGUGGGACCUGCCGGGGGCCGGCUCUCCAGGCUGCCCGGUCGACAAGUACCUGAAGCAGGUGGACUUCGGCCGCUAUGAUUUCUUCCUGCUGGUCUCCCCCCGCCGCUGCGGCGCCGUGGAGACCGGCCUGGUCUCCGAGAUCCUGCGCCGGGGCAAACAGUUCUACUUCGUGCGCACCGAGGUGGGCGAGGACCUGGCGGCCACGCGCACCCAGCGACCCUCGGGCUUCAGCGAGGCGGCGGUCCUGCAGGAGAUGCGCGAGCACGGCGCCGAGCGGCUGCGCGCGGCCGGCGUGAACGACCCGCGCGUCUUCCUCGUGUCCAACCUCUCGCCCGCGCGCUACGACUUCCCGCUGCUCGUGUCCACCUGGGAGCACGAUCUGCCCGCGCCCCGUCGCCACGCCGGCCUGCUGUCGCUGCCCGACAUGUCGCUGGAGGCCCUGCGGACGAAGAAGGACAUGCUCCAGGAGCAGGUGCUCAAGACGGCCCUGGUGUUGGGCGUCCUCCAGGCUCUGGCCGGGCCCCGGCUGGCGGCCGCCUACGACGAUGCGCUGCUCAUACGCUCGCUGCGUGGCUACCACCGCGGCUUCGGCCUGGACGACGACUCGCUCGCCAAGCUGGCCAAGCAGGUGGGCAAACAGGCAGGCGACCUGCGCUCCGUCAUCCUCUCCCCGCUGGCCAACGAGGUCUCGCCCGAGACUGUCCUGCGGCUCUACUCCCAGUCGUCCGACGGUGCCAUGCGGGUGGCCCGGGCCUCUGAGAAGGGCAUUCCCCUGUUCAGAACGCUGGUGGCCGGGGGCAUCAGCUUCGGCACCAUCUACACCACGCUCCGGGGCUGCCUCAACGAGAUGGCCGAGCUCGCCCAGCAGGUCCGCAUCAAGGCCUUGGAGGAGGCGGGGCCCCAGCCUGAGGUCAGCCUGCAGGCGGCUGGUGACAACGGCGUGGAAAAGCGGGGAUCCGGGGAGGGGAGCGGCGAGGAAGGCCCGCUCUCGACCUGCCAGAAGCUCGGCCUCCUCCUCAAGUACAUUCUCGACAGCUGGAAGAAGCGAGAUUUGUCGGAAGACAAAUGGAAGUGCAGCCCCCACCCCCCUGCCUCACCCACAAACCAAGCCUUAUCAAAACCAAACAAACAAAAGAGGCUGAUGUGA